AGAAGGUCCGUCGCUCUUUCUGUUCCGUUCCGUUUUUCAACAAGUUCUUCGGUAGCUGAUCCACGUGUGGAUUUAGCUCUAUUUUUGUUUACUUUAAACAUCACUGUAAACGUUUGGACAACAUGUCGUCGUCUUUUGAGCAGAUGAGGGCAAAUGUUGCGAAGCUUCUCCGUGGGAUCGACAGGUAUAAUCCAGAAAACCUUUCUACACUAGAACGCUAUGUGGAGACACAAACUAGAGAAAAUGCUUAUGAUCUGGAGGCCAACCUGGCUGUUCUAAAGCUCUACCAGUUCAACCCAGCCUAUUUCCAGACUCACGUGACCUCACAAAUCCUCCUGAAGGCUCUGACCAACCUACCCCACACAGACUUCACACUGUGCAAGUGCAUGAUUGACCAGACACACCAGCAAGAGGAACGCCCGAUCAGGCAGAUCCUCUACCUGGGGAACCUGCUGGAAACAUGCCACUUCCAGAGCUUCUGGACUGCCCUUGAGGAGAACAGAGAGCUCAUUGAUGGAAUAACUGGUUUUGAAGACUCUGUGCGCAAGUUCAUCUGCCACGUAGUGGGCAUCACCUACCAGACCAUCGAACACCGGUUACUGGCUGAGAUGCUUGGAGAUCCGCUUGACACUCAGGUGAAGGUAUGGAUGAACAAGUACGGCUGGAUGGAGAAUGAGAACGGUCAAAUCUUCAUCUACAACCAGGAGGAAAGUGUUAAGCCCAAGAACAUUGUGGAGAAGAUUGACUUUGAGAGUGUAUCCAGCAUCAUGGCUACAUCACAGUGAAAAUGUAAAAUCUCAGGUCAUAUUUUUCAGUUCUGUUUCAAUAAAUAUAAAUUAUCAUUUAUACACUG